CCAAGAGUGCGCAGGCGCAGCGCCAUAACCGAGCUGUCGAUCGACAAUGGUGCGGGGAAAGCAUGUGUGAACUUACGCAAAUGGCAGCGGAUGGCCGGCGGGUGCAGCAUAAAUCGUGAAUAUUUAAAAGCCAAUUAUUAGAGAGAGCAAGGGAGGAGCGGUGAAUUUGGAGAGCCGCCCAGCCGUGCAGCGCAUGAUGGCCACGGAGGUUCAGUCCCCCAUGCUUCAGCCCACGGAUCACGACACAUCUCUUCAGCCUUCAGGUAGCAGCAGCAGCAGCGGAGGCAGCCCUCAAGAUGAGCCGGUGACCCGCGACCGCUCCACGUUGUCGUCGGCUGCGGGGAUAGACGAGGCGGGCAGCGGCCUAUCGGCGAGGCUGGAGCCCCAGCCCGGAGGCCGAGACCAGUCCGAACAGCGAAGCGGCGCGCUGGAGGUAGCGACCGACGCCGAGAAUAAGGAAAACGACCAAACCCAGAGGGAGCCGACGGAGAAGUCGCAGAAAAAAUUCACGGAGGCGCCCCCUCCUAAAAUCAACCCCUGGACCAAGAAGAAAAACAUGGUCACUGCCAACAGCAUGAAUGUCAGCAGCCAGGAGACAGAGCAACAAAGUUCAACCAAAGUUAUCAAGGCAGGCAAGCCCAAAACAAAGAAAACUGGAAAGGCAAGUGACUUUAGUGACAUCACAAACUGGCCUACUCCAGGGGAAAUCGCUAAUAAAGAGCACCAUAACAUCAUGAACCAACCAAACAAAAAGCCUCUGAAUAAAAAUAAGAAAAAAGACAAGACUGAAAAGAAAGACAACAGUGAAAGCAAAGAAAACCGAGAAACGCAGCAAAAUGAUGACGAGGAAAAGUCAACCAUUGAAGAUGAAUCCCAGGGAUCUUCACAAAAGGGGAAGAAAGCAAACAAGCAUAAAUGGGUUCCAUUACACCUAGAAGACAUGAAACAAGAUGGUCAAGAAAGGCCUAGCUCACGUAACAGUUCACGAUCUCAGUCCGAUACAACACGAUCACUACAAAACAACAAAAGAAAUGAUUAUUCAAGAAGUUGGCGCCGAGAUGACAAGCGUGAUAGAGACAGAAGAGAUGAUGCUGAUGAAGUUGGCAGUGUCAGAAGUGAAGGCAGCGGCGUGCGAGGAAGUUUCAGAGGCCGAGGUAGAGGUCGGGGUCGCGGAAGAGGACGUGGCAGGGGAAACUCACGAGUGAAUUACGAUUACCCAUAUGGGUACAAGCAUUCAUAUGACACCUCUGACCAAUAUAUACCAGAGUACAACACUAACAUGAUGUACUAUUAUGAUGAUGGAAGUGGAGCACAGAUGUACACAGUGGAUGAAACCUUACUGAAGGAGUACAUAAAACGGCAAAUCGAAUAUUACUUCAGUACAGAGAACCUGGAAAGAGAUUUUUUUCUACGGCGAAAGAUGGAUGAACAAGGUUUUCUACCCAUUUCCCUGAUUGCUAGUUUCCACCGGGUACAGGCUCUGACCACAGAUGUAAAUCUCAUUUUGGAGGCUUUAAAAGGGAGUACGGAGGUACAAAUCGUGGACCAGAAAAUGAGGAAAAAAGAGAGCCCUGAAAAAUGGCCUAUUCCAGGCCCACCUGUUUCUGACAUUCCAAGAACUGACUUCUCCCGUUUAAUUAACUGUCCAGAAUUUGUACCUGGACAGAUGUAUGGCUCUCAAACUGAAUCUGCUCCUAGCUCUCCUAGGGUGGGAAGUCCUGUUGACGCAAAGAAAAAUGUUGAAACCAAUAACCUCCAGACAAUGUCUAAGGGACUUUCUACAAGUUUGCCUGAUCUGGAAUCUGAUCCUUGGAUAGAAGUGAAAAAGAGACACCGUCCAUCGCAACUCAGUCCAAAGGAAAAUGAGUCACCCAAACCUCAACAAGCUCACAAACAGGAGCAAGAAGAGCAGGAGGAAUUGGAUUUCAUGUUUGAUGAAGAAAUGGAACAGAUAGAAGGACGCAAGAAUACCUUCACCGAUUGGUCAGAUGAUGACUCGGACUAUGAAAUUGAUGAUCGUGAUGUGAACAAGAUCUUGAUUGUGACUCAGACUCCUCCUCAUAUGCGCAAACACCCGGGUGGCGACCGUACAGGAAAUCAUGUUUCACGAGCAAAAAUCACAACAGAGCUGGCAAAGGCCAUCAAUGACGGCUUGUAUUACUAUGAACAAGAUCUUUGGAUGGAAGAAAAUGGGCCAGAAUAUUCAACAAUAAAGCAAGAAAUUGAGAAUUUUAAGAAGUUGAAUGUGAUCAGUAAAGAGCAUUUUGAUACCCUCGCACCUGAACCACCUGUUGAUCCAAACCAGGAGGUGCCUCCUGCACCACCAAAGGCCCACCAAGAUUAUGCUGAAGAGUUAGCCAACAAGCUGUUUGGUGUUGCUGAGGCCCCACCAUCAAACCUAGCCCGUUCUUUGCCUACAACUGUACCAGAAUCUCCAGUAUGUCCUGCCAGAACCCCAAGGACUCCACGUACACCUAGGCUACAGGAUCCCAAUAAAACACCACGGUUCUAUCCUGUUGUUAAAGAAGGACGACCCAUAGACAUUGAGACACCAAGGAAAAGAAAAACAAGGCACAGUUCAAAUCCACCACUUGAGUGUCAUAUUGGCUGGGUUAUGGAUUCGAAAGAACACAGACCAAGAACAUCGUCUGUUAGUAGUUCAAAUGCCAGUCCUUCGGAAGGCACAACAUUAGUUGGAAGUUACGGCUGUACACCAAACUCUCUACCCAAGUUCCAGCAUCCUUCCCAUGAGCUUUUAAGAGAAAACGGCUUCACCCAACAAGUUUACCACAAAUAUCGUCGGAGGUGUUUAAAUGAGAGGAAGAGGUUAGGAAUUGGGCAGUCCCAGGAAAUGAACACGCUGUUCCGUUUCUGGUCCUUCUUCCUCAGAGACCACUUCAACAGGAAGAUGUAUGAAGAGUUUAAACAGCUAUCUCUUGAGGAUGCAAAAGACAAUUACAGAUAUGGGUUGGAGUGCCUGUUUAGAUUUUACAGUUAUGGAUUAGAGAGAAGAUUUCGUCAUGACAUAUUCAAGGACUUCCAAGAGGAAACCGUAAAAGACUACGAAGCGGGCCAACUGUAUGGUUUGGAAAAAUUCUGGGCUUUUCUCAAGUACACUCAAACCAAGAAUUUACCAAUUGACCCCAAACUCCAAGAAUACCUUAGCAAGUUCAAGCGUCUUGAGGACUUCAGAGUUGAUCCCCCAUUUGGUGACGAGGUUGGUCGAAAGAGACGUUCUUCUGGAGCUGAUGACAGUGGUCGUAGAAGACAUCUAUCAAACUCCUCUACUAGUAAACCAGUAAAUGCUGCUAAGCCCUUACUCACCAAUAAGCCUCAGGUCUCAACAAACCCUUCCAAAUGGGAUGCAUCAUCUGGGAAAUCUGAGGAGAACAGGAGCCUGAAUACUGCUGCCAUGACUACCACUGAACCUGAAACACCUGAGAAGUAGACUUUCUGCAUCACGUCUCCCUGCUUAUACAAAUCGCAUCAGUAUUUUAAGCUCAAGGACCUUGUCCAGUUUUUAGACACUGCCUCAAUGAAAGAAAAAAACUUGAAAAUAUUCUUUUACUUUCAGUUUGGGGGGUAGGAAAACCUACUAAGUCCAAGUUUUGAGCUUUCAGCCAGCUGUUUUGGAGGAGGGGAGCUUGGAAUCUAAUCAAUUUGUCACACCCCUCGUUUUGAUUUUCAAGAUUACCUUGAGCUACUGUUUACAGAAACGCAUUCCUGCACAAUAUGCAAAAAUUACACAUUUGAAUUUGGGAUGCCUUACAUUUCAAUGAGGAUUUCUCAUACUUCUUAAAGAAGAAAAUUUAUUUUUUAGUCCAUUACCAUAGUGCUUUGGCAGCCAGUUCCUCCUAUUGUUAAUUAUUAAUUAUAUAUACCUAUAUCAGAGUGCAUAAAUUUAUUUCUGGGAAGUGUACAAUUGAAAUUACUUGGGUAGGGAGAGAAUAAAAUCUGGAAAGAAAAACUAUUACAUCCAAGAUGGUAUAACCAAGGUUGCAACAUAAUUGAAUGAAUAAUUUAAUUAACAAAGUGUGUUGAAAAUGGUUGUGCAUCAUCCUGGAUGCAGAGUGUUUUAGGUUUAAAGCAGUUGGUUACUUAGUUAUUGACAAUUUAGUGGAGAUUGUUACAGAAUGACUCGCAUAGAUGGUAUGGUUUGGGCUUGAAUGAAAGUAAAACUGAAGAAGAUUGUGCAGCUUUUUAAAAAUGGUCUUCUGAAUCACUAAUAUCUUGCACUGCUUAAAUCAUCUGCAUCUUGUUAUGCAGGUAAAGAUAAAAUAACAAAUUAUUCUCACUUCAGGAGGUACUGGGUGGGGGGGGGUCUGGUUUUGUUUCAUUAUUUUAUGCUUAUAGUGUGCUUUCAGUAAAGCACAAAUUGAUUUGUAAUAUUUUAAUGCCAUUAUAUUGUUGUAAAAUGUUAAUUUUUUGUGGAAAAUUUGCAAAAAAACUUAAGUGCUCAUUUGCUGAAGUGAUUUUGUUUAAUUUUGCUCUUGGGAAUUAUUAAGACAGUGUCAUUUAUUUUAAAUUAUACUUCGCAAAAGGUGGGUGGGUUGCUGGUUUAUUUUGAAAGGUUGUAUUCACAUCUGUGAAAAUUACUGGAAAAACUUCAAAAUCAGACGCAUUUAUUAUAUUUAAAUAUAUGCUAUUAAGAGUAGCAUCCUAAUGCAACCAGUGAAAACAAUCUAUUGGUCUUCCUAUCUGUUCAGACUUGAAUGUAGGAAAGUCUGGGUAGUAAACAUGAAUUACUGCUGGUAAUCAGAGGGCUAGAAUGAACAGUAGCAGUGUGGAAUCCACAUAACUACCAUUAUAAAUAUGUUGCAGCUGUACAUGAUUUAAUUUGCUGAAAUAACAUUCAUAUCGUACCUUAAUGUAUAAUCCAGGCUUAAACCCAACUGAACGAAACAAUUGUAAAAUACUUGGAUGAAAGAUUGUAUAUACCAUUUAAAGUAAUCAGUUUAGAAUAUUUACCCUAAUUUUUUCAUCUAAUGAAAUAAGUGUGCACAUCUAGCAUUAGCGUGUGUAAUUUGUGGCAAUCUUCUCAACUUUUAUAAAAAUGCAUAUAAAAACAUACAAAAUCAAUCAGAAAAUGUAACUGGUUGCACUGUGAUUCUUUGGAAACUAAUUUUGAUGAGGGGGGAGAACUUGACUCUGUCGCUAUGAUGGCUAUUGUAUGCUACGUUUUAAAAUUCUGAAAUGCAUGUAGCACUUUAUGUAUUUGAAUUUAUUUUAAUAUUGUCAAUUGUUUUUGGUCUAAUGUUCAAGUGAUCUGUUUCCUAGGCUUCUGCCAAAGCUGCUUUUGAGCUAGACACUGGUAGGUAUGGAAAAUGUGACUGUGUACUUUGGUUUCUGAUUUUUUUGUUUCUUUGUGGGGAGGUGUCUAGCCUUUACUGCUGUGCUAACCAGAUCUUCACAGUCACUUAAAGAUGUAGGUUUCAAGAACUUCUCUUUCUGCUCAGUAUGUGCAAUUUGAAAAACUACAGCAACAUCUCAAAUUUCUACCUUUACAGAAAUUGAAAUAUGUUUUUAGUCAUCCUUCAUAACUGUACAGGACAGGGUAACUAUGUGGUAUAAUUCUUUUUGUGUAAUUUUUGGUUCCAAAUAUCACAUGAAUUGUGUAUAUCUUGUGAUUUCUGGUUUUCAAUGUAAAGAUCAGAGGUGGAAGAAGCGUGUACACAACCUGGCAAAAAAUUAUUCAGAGUCUUUCAAUAAUUUUAAAUUGUGGUACCUUGAUAAAUUUAUCAAAGUAAUCAGUUAAAGCUAAAAAUGUAUACAUUUGUAAAUACAUUAGAGCAACACUUGUACACAUGACAAAUCAUGUGACUUGUAUACAUAGGUGUCAUAGAUGUAUUUUUCCACCAGUUUUUAUGUAAUUAAUGUUUUGAGAAUACAUAAAAUUUACAAUGCC